CAAACAAGGCCAAAGCACAAAGUGGAAUAGGUACUAAUCGAAUAUGUGUAACGUUUUACAUUUGCAAGUUUUAUGUUUUUUUCGUCGUGGGAUAAUAUUAAGACAUCAAUUGUUACUUUUCUGCAUGUGAUUUUGAACAUUUUGAAGACUUUACAUUGUUUCAGCGAUGGUCUGUAGCAUUGGCGGCAGGAGCCGGUUAAGGACAUUUUUAUUUGUAGUUUUGAGUAGUGUGGUGGCUUUAAGCAUUCUGCAAUACGUGAUUAACAAGAAUGCAAGAACUGUUUUGAAAACAUUGGACCUGACCCAGAACAGGUCCAUGUCUCAAUGGAGAUCUACAACAACGACCAGAAAUCUAGACAAAUGCUCAGAAAUGCCAAAGAAUGCAGCCAAGGCUAUCAAUAUAAGUACUGAACUGGAAAAUCUAAAUAUUACUGAGGAUGGCAACAGUAAUCUAAAACCUGGUGGACGGUACUGGCCUAUAACCUGUGUAGCUAGACAUCGUGUAGCUGUCAUUGUUCCGUACAGAGAUAGAGAAACGCAUCUGAAAAUAUUUCUGAAUCAUAUGCAUCCAUUUCUACAGCGGCAACAAUUAGACUAUGGAAUUUUUGUCGUGGAAUCGAUACCCGACGUCAAAUUCAACAGGGCUUUGCUUCUGAAUAUUGGGUUCGUAGAAGCAAGCAAACUUUAUGAAUACGACUGUUUUGUAUUCCAUGACGUGGAUCUUUUACCUGAAAAUGACGAAAUCAGCUACAACUGUGACCAAAGUCCGACGCAUCUUUCGUCGGCAAUUGACGUCAAGAAAUAUAAACUACCAUAUCAUUCCUACUUUGGAGGUGUGUGUGCUUUUUCAAAAGAACAUUUCAAGAAAAUCAAUGGCUUUUCUAAUAUUUAUUUUGGCUGGGGCGGUGAAGACGACGACAUUCAUGAAAGAAUAAAGUACAGCCAUUUGAAACUCACUCGUCUUUCAUCAAAGCUUGGCAGAUACAAAAUGUUGAAACACGAACAUGCGAACCAAAAUCCAGACAAAAUACUUCUUUUCAAGACAAUGAAAACAAGACAUUCUUCUGAUGGACUAAACAGCUUGAAAUAUGACGUGAUCAAACAAGACUACAGGCGUCUGUACACCUGGAUUCUAGUCAGUAUCAAUGAGACGGAAAUAAUUGAAAGUGAGCCGAUUCAUAAGCAGGCCUUCAACUCAGAAAUUGUGAACACGAAAAGUAAUUAUACUUUAAAACGAAAGAACAAAAAGUCAUACCUAUAAUCUGGCUUUUAUACAAAGAAUCUUCGCCGAGAUGUCCAGUCAGUACACGUGCCUUUGGGAGGGAAUGGUCAGGCAUUUUAUUGAUGUUUCAGAUAUGUGUUUUAUACAUCUCAAUCUUGUUACAAAUGAUAUUACUAUGACCCUGUUAAGAAGCAACAUGGCUUCAUUUUAAAGUUUGUAUUAAACCAAAUACUCUACAAAACAUCUUAAUUUUCCAAGUACAUUGCAAAGUCUAAUGAACACCGGUAAACCCUAUUCAAAUACAUAUGUAGUAUGCAGUAUUGUGGUAAACCCGAGUUUUGGCUAAGAAAUGUUUUGCUUUUUGUGAACAUUUUUAUGAAUUUACUGAUUUGCACUGAUUUAAGGACAUUGGCUCAGUGAGCAUCUUAUUACGCAAUACAACUGUUGUCGAAGUUUCAAGUUAAUUUAAGUGAUACUAUAAGGAACAAAAACGUAUUACAGAUUUUCCCCGACUCGGAUUGCAAUUGCUUUAAAGUCAAAUACCUGCUCCUAAUGCACAUUUAUAUAUUUUGCCAUGAUAUUUCUAUCUUCAAUAUGUUAUGAAUAUGUGUCUUAACAUUUAUGCAAAGUUUUGGACAUAAUGUUUUGUAGUUUUAGAAAAAUCUUGAAAAUGCCUUCUGUUUACAUUUUUCCUAGUUGAUUUCUUGUGUGGCUAGAGCUGACCAAUGAAAAUAAUUUAUCAAAAAUAUUUAUUUAGAAACAUUUUUCAGGACUGAAAUUUUACUGUUAGGUCAAGGAUGUUAGUUUUUUUUAAUAAGAUUGAAUUUUGUAGAUCUUUUAGAAGCUUUGUUCUCUUGUAAUCCUUAAAAUUUGCCCUAAGAUGUGAAGACCAAAUUUUUUGUGGGCAUAUUGGGAAUAUUGGAGAAAAACUGUGUCAUUUCUAUGUUAUUUUUUUUCACACUUGAUUUAAUUACGUUUAAAUCAUUAUUUGUAAUUUGAAAUAUACUGAUAAGGUGUUCUUUUGCCUUUAGAUUGAUUUUGAUGACAUUCAUUCUAUUUCUUGCCUUUGAUGAGAAAAGUUUUGCAUGUUUUGGAAAACGUCAUUGACCAAUCAGAUUACAGCAUUUUUUGUGCUUGUCUAUAAAUAUGGGCAUAUCAGUUAUUUCUUUGCUCUUCUACUUAACAUUUCUUUUUUGAUUGGAAAUCAUAUAGAACAUUUAGAGCCAAUGUUAGGAGCUUUGUGCUUUAUUUUUAUAGGAGAAUAAAUUAGAACUUUUGAGUGUUUGUCAUAAUUCUAGUAUUCACAGAAUAUUCUGGAAUUUACGUGAAUUUUAUUUGGAAGAGUCAUAUGCAGAUUUUGGAAUUUCUGACAAAAAUUGACACAUAUUUUCAAGUGAAGGAAAUUGCAGAAUUUGUUUAUUUUAAUUGAAGAAAUUUAUCCAUAGACAUAUUAGACAUUUGUAGUUAUGAAUGCGUGUUUAUUGUGUGAACUUUAGAUUUUAAUAAAUUCAUAAAACCGGA